AUGCUGAUCACACUGGAAGGGUUUCGACUCUACUAUGCUCUAACUUACCUAUUUCAAACAUCCAACAAUGAGGCAGAAUACGAGGCAGUGCUGGGAGGUCUACGGUUCGCUAAAACGUUGGGAGUAGACCACUUACGAAUCAAGACGGAAUCGCGCCUUGUAGUAGAGCAAGUGUCCGGGACCUGCGAGGCUAAAAGCGCUCGGAUGGCGCAAUACAAGGAAAAAACUGUGGAAUUGCUGAAAGGAUUCGUCGCUCACGAGAUAGAGUACAUUUCCCGGGCUGACAACACCGAUGCCGACAUCCUAUCAAAGAUCGCCUUGGAGGGGGUGCCGGAUCAUCUUUUAAGGAUUUGUCAGAAGGAAGAACUGCUCCAACCUAGCAUCGAAGAAACGAUUGCAGAGAUUCAGCAGGUGACGACCCCGGAAUGGGACCGUGACGAGAACCCAGAGAUGUUUUGGGUAGAAGAUAUUCGGUGUUACAAGGAAGAAGAAAAGCUGCCAGCCGACCCUGUGGUCGCUGCCCGAGUUUGCCGUAAGGCUCCCUCAUUCGAAAUCAUAGAUGGACAGCUAUAUAAACGGUCGUUUGGGGGACCCCUCCUUAAAUGUCUACUCAGAACAGAGGCGAGAAAGAUAAUGGACGAGGCUCACGGUGGAAUAUGUGCGGCCCACCAGGGUGCCCACACCCUCGCCCGGAAGUUAGUCGUCCAAUGCUAUUAUUGGCCUACCAUGAUGAGAGAUUGUAUUGAGUGGAUAGCCAAAUGCGUAGUGUGCCAAGCAUUCACCCGGAAGGACACUCGGCUAGCCACCUUUUACACACCGGUUACCACGGCCAUCCCAUUCGCAAAAUGGGGAGUCGACCUACUGGGCCCUCUACCGAUCGCCCUGGGGCAUUUGAAAUUUUGUGUGGUGGCCAUUGACUACUUCACUAAGUGGAUCGAGGCAGAGCCUCUGGUAACCAUCACUGAGUAUCAAUGCCGGCGCUUUUUGUGGAAGAAGGCUAAUGGACAGGUUGAAAAUGUAAAUCGUACAAUCGUGGACGGUAUUCGCAAAAAGUUAGAAGACGUUGGAGGAAAUUGGGCCGAUGAGCUAGACCGGAUCCUGUGGGCGUAUCGAACUACUCAGAGGCGAGCAACCGGUGAAAGUUCGUUCUCCUUAGCAUACGGCUUCGAAGCUAAAGUACCCGUAGAAGUCGUCGAGCCUACCCUUAGGGUCCGUAACUAUACUGAUGAAGGAAACGAGGAAAGCCUCAGGAUCGAAAAGAAUUUCUUGGAGGAGCAAAGGGAAUCUGCGCAUGCUCGCAUGGUGGAAUACCAGCAGGUUGUCAAGAGGUAUCAGGACAAGAGAAUCUGA